AUGACGAUGAGUUCGCUUGGUUUAUGGUCGUUCUACGAUGUCCGAGGAUCACUUGUGAAACCUUUCAAAAGUUUCAAAAUGGGUAAACCUGUGAAACAAGGGCAUGCUGUUGAUCUAUCAUAUUGCAUAACUUCUUGCAACGGACAAAAACAUUUGUGGACGUGGAACGAGAAAGGGAAACCAGUUGACAUGUGGAAUUACAGUGACAAAGAAUGGUUCCUGGGCCUGAUCAAGAAAAAUAAUUCAGAAACAAUAUUCGCUUUCCACGGACAGCACCAUAACUCUAAAUUGACGAUAACUGAUGUGAACCAUCUAUCCGAAUAUGAAUCAAAAUCGUUUCAUCGAUACGACGUGAAAGACUCAAAACAAACAUUGUUUGAUGUAACACGAUUUCACAAUGAGCGAUGCUUGGAAGCGGACAGUUUGGAUCUGUUCUCGAAGGAAAGUCUAAGAGAACUGGAAAAGCCAAUAAAGGUUCUUGUUAAUCAUACUUCUAUCUACGCCGAAAAUUUUAUUGUUGAAAUAGAAGUGGAUAUUCAGAGAGAGUUAAAACAUGCGAAUAUUGUGAAGAUGUACACCGCGUUCAAAUCAAAGUAUGCUAUCUUUUUCGUGUUGGAGUUGAUGGCUGGUACUCUUCAUUCAAUUUUGGAAAAUGAAGUGACAAAAAUUCUACCAGAGACGAAAAUAGCGUGUAUGACACAAGAUGGUCGCAGGCUCUUCUAUGUGGCUCCUCCCACAGAGAGAAAUCUGGAGAUCUACAAAAAGUAUGAAGGAAGCGACCGCCCGGAGAAAUGGAUUGUGGAGAAGCUGUUCGAGGAGCUCCAGCGAGUUGAGAUCAAGAAAGGAUACACGGCUUUCAUCCCCGUUGGAUACAUCCACGCCGUCUACACACCAGAAGAUUCGAUCGUCUUCGGAGGAAACUUCCUCAUGGAUGGACACAUCGAUCGUCAUUUUGAGAUGACGGCAGUCGAGGAGAAAGCCCUGGAAUGUAGCCACAUCGAAGUCGACAACACGUUCCCAAACUUCGAAAAUGUCAUGUGGCGGUAUACCGAUAAAGUGGUGAACGAAAGACUUCAAAAGCCAAAUCCUCAUUGGAAAGAUGCAAUCGCCCCUCCACUCCUUCGCGAGAAUCUCGACGUGACAAAGAAGCCGAACAGGAAGCUUGGAACCAAAAUAUGGUAUUCAAAAGAGGAGAAAGCGAGCAGGAAGCUUAGAAAUACAAUUUUCUUGCCAAACUUUUUACGUUUCCAUAAUUUUUGUUAA